AUGCGAGACGCGCAUGUGUGUUUUUGGGGGGUAAGUGGUGGUGUUCGGGCUAGGAACGGGGGCGAUGGAACAGUAGAGCGAAGGGUUUGGCCGCCGGAAAGUCAGUCCUCCCCUUCACCCUCCGAUCACAGCCGCAUAAACCACCCCACGGAGCGGAAACGCGGGGCGCAAAGGACGAGAGGCGACGUGCCGCCUUCACUCACCCAAUGGCGCAGGUCCGGCGGCGGAUUGUGGGCGUGGCCCGCCGGCAGUCAGCCGCGUACACGCCCGUUCGGGCGAACUACGGGACCCGCGGCAGAGCCGUCUUCCGCAGGACAACGUCGUCGUGUCGGCCAGUCGAUCGCGCGCAACACGUCCGGUUGA